AUGGCGUCUGCACGCGCAGCGAAAUCAAAAGCAACGCCGCCAACGCCGACGCGGACGACGACGACAACGCGGCGACUCUUGUUAGAGCGCGAGCUCAACUGGCGCCCGCCACGCGUCCUAUACAAUUACUACACAAGCAUGCGAGCGAGUCAGCUCGACCUGAGCCUGACCACCGAGCUCCAGCGCGUCCACUACCGAGGCGUCCGGUCGCUGGACGUGGAUCCGUCCGAGUGCCGCUACCUGCUGUCUGGCGGCGCAGACCAGCGCAUUGCCGUGUUCGACCUCGAGCCGACCUGGCUCGACUCUGAGACGACGCCGUCCCAGUCGCAGCAGUUUGUUGGAUCCCGUGCGUCUGCAACCGCAGGAAGAAGCCUUGUUGCUCCCAUUGUGCAGCAGGCGGAUGCGCACGAGUUCUCGGUGGACUCGGUGCAGUGGUACCCGCACGACACGGGCAUGUUUGUCACCUCGUCCAUGGACACGAAGCUCAAGGUCUGGGACACAAACACGCUCGAGGUCGGCUGUGUGUUUCAGCUCAGACACAAUGUGUAUGCGCACCAUUUGGCGCCAAACGCGACGCGACAUGCGCUAAUUGCCGCCGGAACCGCCGACCAGAAAGUGCGAUUGUGCGACAUUCGAUCUGGUUCGUUCGCACAGACCCUCGUGGGACAUCGAGACACGGUCUAUGCGGUGCAGUGGUCGCCGGCGUCGGAGUUUCUUCUGGCGACGGCUGGCCGUGACCGUCGUAUUUUGUUUUGGGACGUGCGGCGAACAGGAGUCUUGCACGAGCUCGACCAGCACAACCACGCUCCAGCGACCUCCGCAGAGCACACACAGCUCGCGCGACAGCAGCAGCGACUGCUCGCCGAGGAGAAGGCGCGGCUGAAACAGUCGCGCGAUGCAUACGAGCGAGCGCUGCGAGAGCGCCAGAGCACCUUGCAAUCCCAACACCGGCCAGCCGACCGUCCUGGUACGCUCACCCCGCGGCCAUCCUCCAUCCCAAUCACAUCGGCUGGCGAAAUCGAGCAAGGCAGCACCUUGCAGCAGCUUUUGAGCGAAACUUUCGGCUCGGCGUCGACCUCUGCAGCUGCAAGUAGUGCCGCCUCCUCGAGAGUAGCAGCCAGCGGUCGCGGUGCGUCCGUUCCACAGUCGUCUGCCACCGCCGCCUCUGCCAUCUCCAGUGACCACGUACCCCUCGCUGCUGGACAGCCUCUGAGUGCGGCCAGUGACGGACUUUCGAUCGCACAUUCCGGCGCAAUCAAUGGCUUAUUAUUUUCUUCCGAUGGUGCAUUACUGUACAGCACGGGCACUGACAAUAAGGUGCGGUGCUGGGACGUCAUGCUCGGCAUCAACACUCUGGUUAACUAUACGAAAAUUCGAAACCAGGCCAAGCGCGGGGUGCGGAUGGCAUUGGCGGGCCGAGCGGGAGGCGCUGGAGGCUCGAAAUCACGUCACCAAGAACUGCUGUUUCACCCAAGCGAUUCCGAGAUUGGGUGCUACGAUGCGGCCACAGGGCGGCAAGUAAAGUCUCUGAAGGCUCACAUGGAUGUGGUGAAUUGCUGCGUCUUUCAUCCACAUCGACAAGAGUUGUACACCGGGAGCAACGAUCAACAAAUCUUGGUAUGGUCACCACCGCCACCGCCUGUGCUGGACGACCCCGACUCGAAUCAUCGCCAAGCGUCGGCUUUGGCGCAUCGACGCAGCGAGCUGGCCGACAGCUUGACCCAGGAACGUCAGCGCGCUGACUUGAUAUUUUCUGCUGGGUUGGACAUUGAAGAUCAGUGGAGCGACGACGAAUAGGAUAGAGAGGUUUUGCGAGGUUGUUAAAUUAUUGCAUGCUUGUAUUGUUAGUUUUUUUCUUUCUUCUUCUCAUUGCCAAUGUGCAAUGACAGUAAAUACCUGAAAGGAAAAAAAAAACACAGAACAAAAACGAAAAAAGAAAGCUGCAACCCAUCACUAGAUCUUGUGUUGUUACUUGACUCUUUGUUGUUCAUGUAGUUGUUGUUACGUGUUGUCUAAACGGUUUUGUUGUUCUUGUUCAAC